AGUUGAAGUCAUAUGUAUUAAAUACAAUUAGGUUUGUUUAGGUUUGCAGAGAGCUAGCAAGAGUGCAGAUAAAAGAUUGUACCAUAGCACUCAGAGAGUGGGGAGAGGCAAUAAUUAGGGACCUGGACCCGUAUGCAGGCUAUGGAAGAGAACUAACAUGAACCUGUCGGUUGUUCUGCAAAAUUACUCUCUAUUCAGCGACUUUAAUCUCUCCCCCAUCUUUGUCCACUUCGAUCGUCAUUUGUUCUCUUUCUUGUUUUCCCGUUAGUCUAAUUGAGUUUUAGAUUUUGCUUACUCAAUGCUUGAAUCAGCUUUUUUUAUAUUUGCUCUUAACUUGAGGAUAUUAUUUUCUUAAUGCUGCAAUUACUUUCUUCUUUCUUCGAAUCUACCGCGUCUACUUCAUGAAGGUGAGUCUUUCAUUUAUUUAGCUAGCUAGCUCAAGGCAUUUGGGGUCUAAGUUCAUCUCCUGUUUCAGUUUCAAAGAUGUUUCUUUUCUUUUGUUUGUUGAGUUUGUCCGAAUAAGAAACUUAUAAUCCAUCUAAUGUACUGCUCAACUUUUGUUGACGCAUCGCUAAUGCGGUUGUAAUCAGUGAAAAUGGGUUGGUGGGUUUAGCACUAAGAAUGUCAAAAUCAAAAAUAAGAGAGCUGAAGAAAAAAGUUUUGAUGUUUGGUUAGAGUGAUAAUCUCUUUGAUUAAGUGGUUUCUCAGGUUAGCUGGUGUGAAUUAGGGUUGAAAAUUUUAGGAAGACUUCUUCAGUGGUUUCAAAAUGAUGAUUCGGUUGGUGAGGAUGAUGGUUUAAGAAGAUCCUUUUAUUGUUUAACCAAGCGAGGUGGCUUAGCUGAAAUCAAGAAGUAGAUCAUCAGGCCAAAUUUAAUGGAGCUGAGAGACCAAGAUGCCGAGAUAGGGAUGCCAAGUUCUUUGGUUCAUAACAGGGCUUCUUCGUCAAAAGUUUCAUCAACACCAAUAAAUUCAGCAGUGGGAGAAACAAGAAGGGAUCAUCAAACAUCAAAUCAUGUUCAUGGCGAUGUUAUCUUCAAUUCACCUCAAGCCCUAGAUCAACAUCCGCUUCUUUUCACUCAAUUGAAUCCACACCAAAACAUUCAUAAGCAGACCAGAAGAGAUCUCGACAUCGACUCAGAUCCAGUUCCCACCACAGAUGUACAAGUAUCUAGCAGAUCAAACGUGAGACAACCACAGCCACUGCAAGCACCGCCGCCAGCAGCAGCUACGGCUGUCGUGCCUUCCGUUAGAUACCGAGAAUGCCAGAAGAAUCACGCUGCAAAUAUGGGAGGUCAAGUGAUGGAUGGUUGUGGAGAAUUCAUGCCAGGUGGUGAAGAAGGAACCGCAGAAGCUUUAAAAUGUGCAGCUUGUGAAUGUCACCGAAGUUUUCAUCGAAGAGAAGUUGAUGGGGAACCACAAUUAUAUCCACCCAAUUCUUUUUACACCUACAACCCCACUAGAAACAAAACUACUCCAAGAAAUACCAUGCUUCAUCAUCAACAACCACUUCAAAAUCAGCCUUUUCAGCAUCAUCCCAGAUUCCCCUACAAUAAUCCUGCAACGAUGUAUGCACCGAUGAUGAUGAACUUCGGUGGUGGUGGUUGCGGAGGAAGCAGUGGUGGGGGCCCAGCAGAAUCUUCAAGUGAAGAUCUUAAUCUGUAUCAGUCUAACAAUGUUAGGCAAACAUCAGUUGUUCCACAGUCAUCGAGGAAGAGAUUUAGAACUAAAUUCACCCAGGAACAGAAGGAUAAGAUGAUGGAGUUUGCAGAGAAGCUGGGAUGGAAGAUGGUGAAACAAGAUGAGGAAGUGCAGCAGUUUUGUAGUCAAGUGGGAGUAAAGAGACAGGUUUUCAAGGUCUGGAUGCAUAAUAAUAAACAAGGCUCUAAGAAGAAGCAAAAUGAAGAAUAAAUUACAUUCUUCUUCUAGCCUCUCUGGUAGCAGAUAGAGUUGGUGGAUUAUUAAAUUAGAUGUUGAUUAAUAUCUGUCCAUCACUUGUAUUAGCCUGUUGAUCAGAUACAUUUAUUUUUAACUCUUAUUAGUUACUACAAGUCCUUUGGCCAAACUUCUUUCAGUAGGGGAAAACUUAAUUAUAAGCAUUGUAUCUUUUUGUUCCUUUAGUUUUUUUGGGUGGACAUUUUAUGUUCUUCACUGUUCCAUUUGACCCUCCUAGACUCUUAAUUAUGAAGGGUUUGAUUCCUUCAAUUCUAUGAAACCCUACCAAUAAUCCAUCUUCAUUUUCUCAA